ACAAAAAAUGAACAAUGUUGCGAACUUGGGUGACAAGUCAGGAAGUGGAUGAUUAUAAAUAGCAUAGCAAAGAAGCUUACUAGGAAGUGCCAUAACAAAACCGUGAUUUUCAUUUUCAUUCUCUCUUUUCUUUUUCGAUCGAUCAUUACACGAUACUUCUAACUCACUGAGUCAAUUAUUUUCCCUUAAAUUUUGGAAACCUUACAAUUUUACCGAUUCGCUAAAUGGCGCUUCGUUUCUCAACUUUCUCAUUUCACCGUCAUCCUACAUGACUUUCUUCUUCGCUUUUCUUUCACUCUCUUUGGUAACUGGACUACGGUUUGCUAGGAAUCUCUGUAAUCUUUCCUGAAUUUUGUCAUAGUAUAGAUUAAACAUUGUAGCGAUGUAAAAGUAUAUCGCAAUAUCAAUUCAAGGAGACAUUUGAUUUGAUCAGUUGAUCUUCAUUUCUCUAAAGUUUCAUUUUCCAGAAAUCUUGGUUUGGUUCUGAGCCCUGAUUUUUGGAAAGAAACUAUAAUGCAUAUUUUUUAGGAUUCUAAUUUUUGUUAACUGCUUAAGGUUCAGGCAUGGGCUACUUUUGUAGGAAGAGUGAAAUCCAUUCAAAGUAGAAAAAGUUAGGGGGAAAAUUAGUUGACGUUACUCAUUAUUGUGAUGGGCAUGUUUUGAUUUUACUAUUAGUGUUAGGGUUCAUAGCUUGUUUAUUUUUUAGCUAGCAAGAUUUUGAACCUGUAAACUGAGAAUGGCUUGUUUGACGCUUCGUCCAAUGCAAGAAGAUUCUGUUCACACUCGUGGUGAAUUUACUGGUUGUUUUAGUCCUCUUAUGAGGGAUUCAAUUUUGAUUUACCUUACUGUUGGUGGAUCUGUGAUUCCCAUGCAUAUUAUGGAGACGGAUUCCAUUGCUUCAGUGAAGCUGAGAAUUCAAACCUUCAAAGGUUAUUUUGUAAAGAAACCGAAACUGGUUUUUGAAGGGAAGGAAUUGGCUCGUAACAAAUCAUGUGUUCGUGAUUAUGGUGUUGCUGAUGGAAAUGUGUUGCACCUAGUUCUAAGGCUUUCUGAUCUUAAAGCUAUUACAGUUAGGACUUUAUGUGGAAAGGAGUUUGGGUUUUAUGUUGAGAAGACUAGGAAUGUGGAAUAUGUGAAGAAGCAGAUUGCAAGGAAAGGGCUCGGGUUCUUCGAUCUUGCAGAUCAAGAAUUGGUAUGGGAGGGUGAGGCACUUGAAGACCAGAGACUUAUUGGGGACAUAUGUAAGGACAACGAUGCUGUUAUUCAUUUGUUGGUUAGGAUGACAGACACCAAAGUAAGAACUCAACCAGUUGAGAAGGAUUUUGAAUUAUCAAUUGAGGCAUCAUUCGCACACGAUGCAGUGCCAAAUUUAGCCGCAGACCAAUUAGGACCAGUGUCUAUAACAAAUAAGGUCCUGAAGAGAAACCAAUCGACUAGAGAAUUUCUUUUGGAACCAAUUUAUAACAAUUCCAAUAUCAAAACUACACCAGUGAUUCAGGAACUAAUUAAGGUUACUUUAGAGGGGUUAGAGAAAGGCCGUAAACCAGUUCAAUCUUCAGAGGGAUCAGGAGGAGCUUAUCUCAUGCAAGACUCAUUUGGCUUAAAGUAUGUAUCAGUUUUCAAGCCUACUGAUGAGGAGCCAAUGGCGAUUAAUAAUCCUCGAGGCUUACCUAUCUCUGUGGAUGGUGAAGGGUUAAAGAAAGGCACACGGGUAGAGCAAGGUGCAUUGAGAGAAGUUGCAGCUUACAUUUUGGAUCAUCCAAGGAAAGGACUUCGUUCACAUCGUAACAAUGAGGAACAAGGGUUUGCUGGAGUUCCACCUACAGUUAUGGUCAAAUGUAUGCAUGAAGGGUUCCAUCAUCCUGAAGGUUAUAAGAAUGUUUCAAGCAAUGUUAAAAUAGGAUCGCUUCAGAUGUUUAUGAAGAACAUUGGAAGCUGUGAAGACAUGGGCCCUAGUGCAUUUCCAGUGGAAGAGGUACACAAGAUCUCUGUGCUGGAUAUCAGGUUGGCAAAUGCAGAUAGACAUGCUGGGAACAUUUUGGUUGCCAAGGAUGGUAAAGAUGGUUCAACUGUCCUUAUUCCAAUCGAUCAUGGCUAUUGCCUGCCAGAUUGCUUUGAAGACUGCACUUUUGACUGGUUAUACUGGCCACAAGCUCAAGAACCUUACUCCCCAGACACCGUUGAGUACAUAAAAUCUCUGGAUGCAGAAGAAGAUAUUAAGCUUUUGAAGUCUCGUGGAUGGGAACUUCCUCCGGAAUGUGCCCGAAUCCUUCGUAUAUCAACCAUGCUUCUUCAGAAAGGUGCAGAGAAAGAACUCACUCCUUUCACCAUUGGAAGCAUCAUGUGUAGAGAAACAUUGAAGAAAAAGUCUGCCAUUGAGCAGAUUAUUCAGAAAGCUGAGGAAGCUGCACUUCCUGGAACAAGUGAAGCAGCAUUCCUUUAUCUUGUUUCAGUGAUCAUGGAUAAUCACUUAGAAGGGCUAUUCCAAUGAGUGACUGAAUUGUAAUACACAUGAUACAAUUUAUAAGAUAGUAGUGUAAACUGAGAUGCUCCAUUCGUCUUCAUCGUGGAUCCCACAAUCUAGUAUAUUGGAUUGUGGUUAAACUUCUUCCAACCACCAAUCAAGAAUUUGAUGCUUGUGUUGCUAUAUCGACUUUUGAGUUUUUUAUGCAUCUAUGGCUGCAUAGAAUGGAAGUAUAUUUGUAUAUUGACCAGGAAUGUUUAUGGAAUUUCUGUGCAAUAUCAUCCCACUGUUCUGUGCUUCUUGAGCCAAUAUGCAAUUUUGAUAAUAAAGGCUGUACUUUCAAUAUUUAAUAAAUUAUUCCAUUCCGUAUUGUGUCCAA